UCAGAUAAUGAAUCCUCUAAUAAACAUCCUCCCGAUCCAAACCACAUAAAUACUUGCUCGUCUCUCCCAACUUGUUUUCUUCUUCAGAAAGUUUCCAUUUCCCAAUUCCUUAGCUUCCUUCAAUUACGAUUCGAGGCUUGAAAAUCUGCAAAAAAAGGUCUGGAUUUGUUAGGAAGAGUAUGGCUCAUUAUCAGGGGGAAGAUGCCGAUUAUGCUGUGGAUGAGUAUGAUAUGGAGGAUGUAGAUGAUGACAUGGAUGAUGAGUUUCGUGAUAGAGAUAUUGGCAGCUCAGAUUCUGAUAUUGAUGAAUUUGAAUUUUCGAAUAGUAAAAUAGCCGAUACUACUGCCGUGCAAGCUAGAGGAGGAAAAGACAUACAGGGCAUUCCUUGGGAGAGGCUUAGCAUUACAAGAGAGAAAUAUCGGCAGACUAGGUUAGAACAGUAUAAGAACUAUGAAAACAUCCCUCAUUCUGGAGAGGGGUCGGGAAAGGAUUGCAAAAUUACUGAGAAAGGCUCUACAUACUAUGAGUUCAGAAGAAAUGCAAGAUCAGUGAAGUCGACCAUUCUCCAUUUCCAGUUGAGGAACUUGGUCUGGGCUACUUCAAAACAUGAUGUGUACCUUAUGUCACAUUCUUCUGUCAUUCAUUGGUCGUCAUUAGCUUUAGCCAAGUCUGAAGUUCUCAAUGUUUCAGGGCACGUGGCACCUUCGGAGAAACAUCCUGGAAGCUUGUUGGAAGGAUUUUCACAAACUCAAGUUAGUACUCUUGCUGUUAAAGAUAAGCUACUAGUUGCUGGAGGGUUUCAAGGGGAACUUAUUUGCAAGCAUCUUGAUCGGCCUGGAGUCAGCUAUUGCUCGAAGACAACUUACGAUGAUAAUGCCAUAACAAAUGCUGUUGAGAUUUAUGCGAGUCGCAGUGGUGCUGUUCACUUCACAUCGUCUAAUAAUGACUGUGGAGUCAGAGAUUUUGAUAUGGAGAAAUUUCAGCUUUCUAAUCACUUCCGCUUUCCUUGGCCAGUAAAUCAUACUUCUCUGAGUCCGAACGGUAAACUUCUGGUGAUUGUUGGAGACAAUCCAGAUGGUAUGGUGGUGGACUCCCAAACUGGAAAGACAGUGAUGCCCUUGUGUGGACACUUGGAUUUCUCAUUCGCGUCCUCAUGGCACCCUGAUGGUGUCACUUUUGCCACCGGAAACCAGGACAAGACCUGCCAAAUUUGGGACGUCCGAAAUCUUUCCAGGUCAGUUGCCGUCCUAAAGGGCAACUUUGGAGCUAUUCGCUCACUUCGCUAUACCUCCGACGGUUGUUACUUGGCAAUGGCAGAGCCUGCGGAUUUCGUGCACGUCUACGACGUGAAGAGCGGGUACGAGAAGGAACAGGAAAUCGACUUCUUCGGCGAGAUAUCUGGCAUAUCGUUCAGUCCAGACACCGAGUCGCUUUUCAUUGGGGUGUGGGACCGCACUUACGGUAGUCUUCUCGAGUAUGGUAGACACAGGAACUACACAUAUCUAGACUCUCUUAUUUGAGUGUAAAAAACUUUUAGAUCUCUAGUGAUGUUAUGCAAUUGUAACUCGGGUUUUUCUUUUGUUUCCAUUUGUGGGGGUUCUUUCUUUCUUUCUUUCUUGGCUCGAGUGUUCGAAAAGGGUAGUAAUGUACAGAAAGCUAGUAAGGCAUUGAUAGUUCCAGAAAAAAAAGAAGUUUAGGGGACAAAGGAUGUCUAUUGUGGCUGUUUUAGUAUGUGAAGUUUUAUUAGUCCAUUGAAUUAGUGGGAACUUGUCAAAUGAAGUUUGGUCGAUUUCUUUGACCUAAAUUGACUGAAUUACAAUUGCUUCU